AUGUCCUGGGCCUGGCUCGCAUCAUGGUGGGAGACGCCUGCUGCGACUGCUGCUUCUAGUGAAGAUGUUGACCUGAUCACCUCGCGUGUGAGAGCGAAUUGGUCAACUUUACAGCUUAAAGACCGCGAGCCUUUAGAAGUGCAGUUGAGUAGGGCGCUGGCUCAUUGCGACUUUGCGCGAAGGCAGGCGCACCGCAGCCAACUUGAGUUGCAGAAAGUGACUCGGGAGAGGGACUGUUUGAAGAAGGCGCUGCAGGCAGCUGAGUUCAAAGGCACAGCGCUACAAGAAGAAGUACGACAGUUGAAGGCGCAGUUGGAGACAACUUGCACGAGUCAUCGGCCAGAGGCAGCAGUGCAAAAAGCUGCAAACCUCUUGGUGAUUGAUGGAUGCAGUACCACGACUGAACACCUGGUUCACGCGGCGAUGUCCCUCAUGCACUCCCGCCUUGAAGGAUCAAGCGGUUUGGGCACCAUUUCCGUGAGCCAUCAGAGGGAUGCCUGGUCCACUGUAGGUGAGUUCGAGAGAGGGAACUGCAAGCUUCUAUCAUGCGUGAAUGUCGUGGCUGGUUGUGUGUUCCGUGAUGUUGGAUCUUCCAGUUUGUAUGUGGACGGCCUCGGUUCCAUUCGUAGGUCAGGCGGUGGGGCCUGUUGUGCUGCCGCCUUGCUGAAUCGUGCCAUCGCGGCAUCGAAGAAUAUGAUUUUCUUGACCCCUAAAGACGCCGAUGCGGAGGGCUUCUGGAUGUCGCAAGGUUUUAGAAGCUGUGACCCAAGAAGUAUGGGGCUGGAUGCUUCUAGCUUACGUGCCAUUUUGGAUCAUGCCGGGUUGCUGGUCGACGACCUGAUGGUGCGAGACUUGCGGCGCGCUCCCUCGUCCUAG